AUGAGAAGAAUCGACGAUAGAUGGACUAAAAGAUCGCUAGAGUGGAUCCCAAGAGAACCUAAACGCCCUCGAGAGAGACCUCCAACGAGAUGGGGUGACGUGUUCGCUACACGGAUGGACAAGCUGAGAGCUGGAUACGGCUCAAGGAUCUCGUCAACGUCACUCACAAAACUUGAGAACAUCUUGGAUGACAAUAGAGAGGGAACGAAACGAGUGGAAGAGAUGCUGGGGCCCGCAGGUCCAGUGAAGACGGGCCAUCUAAGUAUCUAA